GACAGGAGGGGCAGUAAUGUACACUUGUAACUGAAUUCGAACGUCAAGGCAAUCCCGACGAAAAGUAAACCAGGAAAAGUGGACGGCCUGUGGUGACACAUCGCAGGUUCUAUGCUGAAGUUGAGGACCACAGAAGAGGAAAGUAGUCGUGAGAUCUCCCAGCUCCGCCAAGCAGCGUUGGAAAACAAUGAAAGACUCCUGGAUGAGAUGCUGUGCCAGGAAAUCUACAAGAAGGUCAUCAACUAUCGAGGGGGCUGGGGCAUCGCAAGCACCCCUCUACACGCUGCGGUGUCCAAGGGCCAUCUCAGCUGCCUGCAGGUCCUGCUGACCCACGGCGCCUUGGUGGACUGCGUGGACGUCAAAGCCCAGACGCCGCUUUUCGCCGCAGUGCGCGGAAAGUACCUAGACUGCGUUUUAGCGCUCCUCCGGUCCGGCGCAGACCCCAACGGAAGCGCCUACAACAUUUGCUCCCCCGUCCUGACCGCCGCUCGUGACGGUGACGUCGAGAUACUACAGGAACUGCUCAAACACGGCGCCGAGGCCAACUCGCGCUCCAGAGUCCUGCUGUGGACCUCAAGUGCCAGGGUGUCGAGCGGCCCGCUGUACCUGGCGGCCGUGUACGGACACAUCGAGUGCUUCAAACUUCUGCUCCUCUAUGGUGCCGAUCCGGAUUACAACUGCGCCUAUGCCAGACUGCUGAGCACCAUCAAGCAGCCCAAAACAGUCCUGGAGAUGUGUCUGAGGCACGGUUGCGGUGUUGAGUAUAUCCAGCUCCUCAUCGACUUUGGCGCCAAUGUCUACCUUCCCACGCUCAUCAUCGAAAAGUCCACCAAGCAGAACGAGGCCGUGGAGCUGCUUCUGCAGGAAAGAGGAAAUCCCAAGGCCUUGACUUCACUGUGCCGACUGGCGGUGCGGAGAUACCUCAAAAAGAUCAACAAGAUGCACUGUAUCGAGCAGUUGGACAUGCCAACAAGUCUCAUUAACUUCUUGCAGUACAAGCCGCUCCCAGUUAUGAUUCUCUAGCUACAUGUUAAAUCAUGUUGGUGGGUUCUGAAUUGUUAAGUGUCUUGUUUUUUUGACCUCGUUCUACUCAUGCUUAGUGAUCACAAGUCUAACACAUUAAACAUAUCUAUGCGUGGCUUUGUAGUUAUUUAUUCAGUUAGGCAUCUCAAGUAUGAGGUCUUUAGAGCCACAGUGAAAAGAAAUUUACAUUAUGAAAUUUAAGUGAGACUCACAGGAUUUACAAGAAUAAAUACUACGUUUAAAAAGCUGUCUUGUUUUCAUGGUGAAAGGUUGUAUUGUCAAAAUUUUAGUUAUUUCUACAAUAAAGACAUUACUGGCUCUGCUCA